AUCCCUAACCCAAGCUGGAAUUCCGAGGAAGGCAACGUGAAGCUCUCAAGCCUAUGCAAGCGCAGAGCAGAAAUCGCACUUUUCCUGCUGAUGGUUUCCACAGCAGAUUUUUCCUUUCAAGGCACCCUAUGUUUUUAUGUGCCUGCGUGUCUCCUGGAAGGCUUUGAGGGGGGGGGAGUCUGCUGCUGCUGCUGCUGCUGCUGCUGCUCAUUUCAAGAACUCUCCCAUCACUAGCGUAUCACAGUGUCGUUGUGUGUGUGUGUGUUGUGCAAAAAAAGAAAAGAUACUUCAUAAUGCUGCAGUGUUUCCUGGUUUUUUGCAAGCAAACGUACACCAAAGGAAAGUAAACUCAAAGCAAAACAAAACGCAACUCCCUUAAAAAAAAAAAAGCAGGGGGAGGAAGGGCAUUCGUGGAUUUUAAAAAUAAAAUCAAAAUCAAAACUUCCCAAAAGCUGGACUUGGAAUCGGUUGGACCAGGAAGAUUUGCCGGCACUGUAAGUGUCCACAGGCAGAGCACUUUGAAACGGCAAUGCCUUUGGAAAUGGAGAAGACUGUGACCAAACUGAUGUUUGACUUCCAGCGGAAUUCAACUUCUGAUGAUGACUCAGGUUGUGCCUUGGAAGAAUAUGCUUGGGUUCCUCCAGGGCUGAAGCCAGAACAGGUUCAUCAGUACUACAGCUGCCUGCCAGAAGACAAAGUACCCUACGUGAACAGCCCCGGGGAGAAAGCCCGCAUCAAACAGCUUCUGCACCAACUUCCACCGCACGACAAUGAGGUACGAUACUGUAACUCACUGGAUGAAGAAGAGAAGAGGGAACUCAAGCUCUUUAGCAAUCAGAGGAAAAGGGAGAACUUGGGCAGAGGCAAUGUUCGACCAUUCCCAGUCACCAUGACUGGUGCCAUUUGCGAGCAGUGUGGAGGCCAAAUCAACGGAGGAGACAUAGCCGUCUUUGCAUCCAGAGCAGGCCACGGAGUUUGCUGGCACCCACCAUGCUUUAUAUGCAGCGUUUGCAACGAGCUGUUGGUAGACCUCAUCUAUUUCUAUCAAGACGGAAAGAUUUAUUGUGGCCGGCACCAUGCAGAAUGCCUCAAGCCUCGGUGUGCGGCGUGUGAUGAGAUCAUCUUUGCUGAUGAGUGCACAGAGGCUGAGGGAAGGCACUGGCACAUGAAGCACUUUUGCUGUUUUGAAUGUGAAACGGUGCUGGGUGGCCAGCGGUACAUCAUGAAGGAAGGGCGGCCAUAUUGCUGCAACUGUUUUGAAUCCUUGUAUGCAGAGUACUGCGAUACCUGCGCUCAGCACAUCGGCAUUGAUCAGGGUCAGAUGACUUACGAUGGCCAGCACUGGCAUGCUACGGAGACAUGCUUUUGUUGUGCACAGUGCAAGAAAUCUCUGCUUGGGCGGCCCUUCCUGCCAAAGCAAGGGCAGAUCUUCUGUUCAAGAGCAUGCAGCAUGGGUGAUGACCCGAACGGCUCAGAUUCAUCAGACUCUGCCUUCCAAAGUGCCAGAGCCAAAGAGUCACGACGUAGUGCCAAGAUUGGCAAGAACAGGAACAAAGGAGAAGAGAGUGCCAUCAACCAGAGCAGCAGCCAGCUGCAAGUGACCUCCAGCAGGCUAUCUGCAGAUGUGGACCCACUCUCCUUGCAGAUGGACCUGCUGAGCUUGUCAAGCCAAACUCCCAGUCUAAACAGGGACCACAUAUGGAGGAGCAGAGAUGAAGCCUACCACUAUGGAAACAAAAUGGAGCAAAGUCAGUCACAAAGUCCUUUGCAGCUGCUCAGCCAGUGUAACGUAAGGACUUCCUACAACCCAGGGCAGAGCCCAAGUGGUCAGCAGGAGUUAUGGAGUAAACAUUUCAGCAACCCAAAGAGAAGUUCCUCCCUGGCCAUGAAAGGACACGGUGGCAGCUUCAUCCAGGAAUGCCGAGACGAUUAUUACUCAGGAAGGCUUCGGUCGCAGGAGAGUUACAGUGACAUGUCCAACCAGAGCUUCAGUGACACCAGAGGGAGUUACAAAGUCUCCAAGUAUAACCAGGAGGAAGACAGUGGUAGAUCUGCACAGCAGUGUCGAACCAGGCACCCAAUUAGUGCACUGAAAUUCACUGAGGAAUUGACACCCACCGAGCGAACGCCACGGGGUUCGAUGGAGUCCCUUGCUCUUUCCAAUGCCACAGGACUCUCUGCAGAUGGUGGCACCAAGCGACAAGAGCAUCUGUCCCGAUUUUCCAUGCCUGAUCUAAGCAAAGAUUCUGGAAUGAAUGUCUCAGAGAAGAUGAGCAACAUGGGAACACUGAAUUCCUCCGUCCAGUUCAGAAGUGCGGAGUCUGUCCGUAGCCUACUUUCUGUUCAGCAGUACCAAGAUAUGGAAGCCAACCUGCAUGACCUCACCAAUCCCAUUGGAUACAGAGACACAUCAUCCCGUGGAAGGAUGCAUCAGAGCUUUGACUAUGAAGGUGGGAUGCCAGGAAACAAGUUGGCGGGACAAGAGAGUGUCAGGCAUCCCCCCAUGAGUGAGCGCACACCCAGACGAACUAAUCUCCGAGAUGAUGACCGACGUUAUCGCCCCCACAGGCCCCGGCGGUCAAGGCGCUCCCGCUCAGACAAUGCCCUUCAUCUUGCCAGUGAACAAAGCUAUAAGUUGAAAGAGAGACCCUCUCUACGAGCCAGGGAGGACUAUGAUCAGUUCUUGCAGCAGAGAAGUUGUAGAGAGGCCAUGGAGCAAGGUGCAAGAAGAAAUCUGUAUGGUCAGUGUCCAAGGACUGUAUCAGAUCUUGCUUUGCAGAACCACUUUAGUGAAAGAUGGGGACCCUAUUUUGCUGAAUAUGACUGGUGUUCCACAUGCUCCUCCUCCUCUGAAUCUGACAAUGAAGGCUACUUCCUUGGAGAACCAAUCCCGCAACCCAGCCGCCUCCAGUACGUCACCAGUGAAGAACUCCUUCACAAAUAUGGCUCAUACAGCAUGCCUAAGUCUUCCACGCUAGGUGGUCGAGGACAGUUACACAGCCGGAAAAGGCAAAAGAGCAAAAACUGUAUCAUAGCAUAACCACGUUGCCCAAGCACAGUGUUGGAGAAUGUAAUUGCUUCAUCAACUUGCACUGUUGUAGGUCUUAAAAGUGCUUUUUAUUGUAACAAAAAAUCCUGGCAAGUGAGGAGCUGUAAGAACAAGGUCGUAGACAAGGGUGUAUAAAUAGUCAUAAUUGUUGGCAUGGUGAAUAUAUUUUGCACAUUUUAUUUUGGGGAUGGAGGGAAGGAUAAAGUUUAUUUUAGCAUGUAAUCGUCACAAAUUUACCUCCUUCCCACAAGUAGCUGCCACCCAUUUAAUACCCAGUUCACCCACGUGUUUUUAGUUGCCAUUGUUUUCUAUAACCAGCAGUUAGCUACUAGUUUAUUCUCUUGACUUUUUCUUUUCAUUUUCAUCACCUCUUUUUUGUCAUUCUUCUGCCAUAUUGCAAGGAAGUGUAAGUUAUUUCCAUUAUUGUUCUGUAAAAUGCAAAGAAAAAGAGUUUGGAGAAAAUAUUUUUGUAUUUUGUAAUAUCUGAGGAACUUCUGUAUCUUAGGAGUCGCUGGGAAACUCACGCACAUCCAUCGUGCUUUUCGGCCAGAGCUAAACAAACAGAGCUUCAGAACCCUUUAUCUUUUGCCAUCAAAUUCCUUCUGGAUCACCAAGGCUUUCCUUUCUGCACCUGCUUGAAACAAAACAACAAAAAAGAGUCUUUCAAAAUUUAAUUCGCUCUUGAGGAGGCCUACAGGGUUGCUUUUAAAAUCUACUAACAUUUACAUUUUGUUAUUCUGUAGAACAAAUACAGACAUCUGUCACUGAAACAAAAUUAAAAUUCAUUUUUUUCCAAAUACAUAAAAAGAAAUAUAAACACCAAAUGUUUGAAAAAAGUUAAAGAACCUAGGUCUGAGUUUACAUCUCUUUAGAGAGGGCUGAAGUCACUAAAAUUUCAGCUACUUUUGGGGGGAUAAACCAAAACAAUUGUAAAUGGUGCAGUUGUGUGGUGUCAGCAUGAACUUGUUUUGAGUAUAGAAUUGUUUUCUGGUGCUCUAGUUUCUUGGCAUAUGUUAACUGCUGUUCAUUACCAAGAGGUAUCUUCAACACUGCCUUCUUAUGAAAUGCAUAAUGAAAUGAAUACAUCUUAAUCAUGUCAGACUUAAAGCCUACCCUCGGGAGAUAAACACUUCAAACCCAUUACAAAGGCAGUUUGAAGGGCCUGUCCUCAGGGUAGAAUGGAGUCCAUUCUUUGGAAGCAGAACAAAGCAACAACAACUUCAACAUGGUAGUUAUAUACAUAGGGCUCAAAAUGUAUUGUGUGCUAUGGUGGAUGUGAAUUUUUUCUCUGUACGCUUUAAACAAUUGGGAGAUUGACAUCAAGAUGUAUUCUAUAUUGUUUCCAGAUGAGAUAGUGGGAAAGAAGGAAGUUCUCUUUUUACUGUAAGGUUGUAAAAUGGGUUUCGGUAGACCCCAGCUAAGUAGGAUCUUGCCAACUUACAACACCUGUGUAUGGCUCUCUGGAGAGUUUGAUGACUCUGUUAGAACAAGAGUCCAUUGGAAUAGAUAGCAAAAUGCAAAUUGGUGUGAGUGGGAUUUUUUUUUUAAAAAAAAAUACAAAACAGGUGUGAGAGUCCUGACUCUCCGGUAGACCUAAGAAGCAGGGCCUUUGGACCUGCUCCAGCUCCACUGCAGAACAAGCCUUGGAUCAAUGUGCUUGUAAUGCUGAGGGAACAGAUGGCCUUGCCUAUUGAAAAGCAGUGACUUGGAAGGAAAUCUCAGAUACGGAUGUAUCCAUAGCACAGCUAAGAAUCUUUUUGUUGUGCAUAAGGAGAAUGUGAUAAUUAUGAUUUUUUUCAAA